GCGUUUGAGGCAUCAUGGCACAUGACUUGACUGGAAAGGUCGGAGAAUUUCUCGACCGGCAUUUGAUAUUCCCGCUUCUGGAGUUUCUCAGUGAACGACAGAUCUACGACGAACGCUCACUACUCGAAGGCAAACUAAAACUCCUCAGAGAAACCAACAUGGUCGAUUUCGCACUCGAUGUCCAUCACGUACUUCAAGGAGAAGAAGAAGACGAAGGAGCCAAAGAGUUGGCCAGCAAGAGGGGAGUUGUGGUUUCGAGGCUCAAGGAGUUGCAGGAGAAUACGGAACCGAUUGUGAAGGUUUUUGAGAACGAGGACGUACUGGCAAAGAUUCAGACUGCGAGGGUUGACGGUCGUCAGCUUUUUGAAUAUCUUGAGACACAACACGGGUUUCGAGCAGAGAUGUUGGACACUCUCUAUGAUUAUGCUAAGUUUCAAUACGAGUGUGGGAAUUACUCGGGGGCUGCCGAGUAUCUGUACUUUCACAGAGUUCUGACUCCAAGUGAUGACAAAAAUACCAUUAACACACUGUGGGGCAAGUUGGCUAGUGAGAUUCUUAUGCAGAACUGGGAUGUGGCAUAUGACGAUAUGAUGAGACUCAAGGAGGUCGUUGAUGCCUCGUCUGCUUCACCGUUACAACUUCUACAACAACGAGCUUGGCUUAUUCACUGGAGUCUCUUUGUUUUCUUCAAUCUUGCUCCUGCAAAAGGCAGAGAAAGCCUCAUCGAGUUGUUUCUCUAUUCACAACCAUAUUUGAAUGCUAUUCAGACAAUGUGUCCACACGUUCUACGGUAUCUCACAACAGCAGUUGUGGUGCAUGCAACUGGGAGGAAGCGAACGUUAGUGAAAGAUCUCGUGAAAGUUAUCCAACGGGAAUCAUAUGCAUAUCAAGAUCCUAUCACCGAAUUCGUCGAAUGUUUGUACGUGAACUUUGACUUUGACGGUGCCCAGCAGAAACUCCGAGAGUGUGAAGAGGUUUUGUUGAAUGACUUUUUCUUGGUGGCUUGUCACGACGAUUUCAUCGAGAACGCACGUCUCAUGAUAUUCGAGACGUUCUGUCAGAUUCAUCGAUGUAUUCGAAUCAGUAUGCUGGCAGAGAAACUGAACAUGACACCAGAGGAAGCAGAAAAGUGGAUUGUAAACAUGAUACGCAACUCACCUCUCGAUGCAAAGAUUGACUCAAAACUAGGUCAUGUCGUAAUGAAUUCACCUGUACAGUCUGUGUAUCAGCAGGUCAUCGAGAAGACAAAAGGUCUCGUGUUCAGAAGUCAACUGCUCUCGAACAACAUCGACAAACGAGCAGAAAUAAAGAAAGCAGGAGGACAUGAAUGGGCACCUGCAGCCUGGACUCAAGUUGAACACCAGACUAAGUCGUAGCGUAUGCUUUCGAGUGAUUAGAUAAUAUAACAGCAUGGAUCGAUCACGUGACUAGUGCAGCGGGUUCCACCCACGCAUGUACCCUUUACCUCUAAGUUCUGUGUUUAGUAUUUUUAUCUCGACUGCAAAUAUGCAUAAAAUUUUAGAAUACAUUGGUAAGGCUUCUGUCUUCACUCUUGUUUAGUUAAUUAAU